AUGGCGCUGUGCGGCUGUCCUCAGCACAACCUCACUGGACGGCUGUGGCUCCUGGUGGCUGACCCCCGGGGGUGGCUGAGAGCUGGCAUCUACAUGGUCAGGGGCGGUGGCUCCUGUGGGGGCAAGCACAGAGUGGUGACGAGGGUGGAGUUCGUGCUGAGCGUGGCUGGGGAGAUCAUUGGGCUGGGCAACGUGUGGCGCUUCCCUUACCUGUGCUACAAGAACGGCGGAGGGGCAUUCCUGAUUCCCUAUGUGGUGUUUUUUAUAUGCUGUGGAAUUCCUGUUUUUUUCCUGGAAACGGCUCUGGGACAAUUUACGAGUGAAGGUGGCAUUACGUGCUGGAGGAAGGUGUGCCCUUUAUUUGAAGGCAUUGGCUAUGCAACGCAGGUGAUCGAGGCCCAUCUAAACGUGUACUACAUCAUCAUCCUGGCAUGGGCCAUCUUCUACCUGAGCAACUGCUUCACCACGGAGCUCCCCUGGGCCACCUGUGGGCACGAGUGGAACACAGAGAAUUGUGUGGAGUUCCAGAAACUGAACGUGAGCAACCACAGCCACGUGUCCCUGCAGAACGCCACCUCUCCUGUCAUGGAGUUUUGGGAGUAAGUGGAAACACCUUGUCUCUCUUCGCCCGUGGGGAUGCCGUCCUGGUUCUGCCCAGUUAACGUUGCCCCCAGCCCUGGAAAAAGCCUGACCCUGCCUCCAGCCUUGCACUGCCUGGCUUCUGCAGGCCUCUGACUCCUUUGGAAACCAGAGUGGAGAUCUUGAGAGGUUUCCCAAGGGGGCAGCUGAGAGAAAUGCUUUCUUGUUCUUUGAGGACAUGUCAGCUGAUGGGCAGUUUAAAAAUUCAUUUGUAUCAAAAGAGAAGAUUCUGCGUCUUUGCAAUAAACUAAGUCAAGGGUAUAUUUAGCCUGGAAAGCAGAAGUAUCCAGGGGUGAGGUGGGGGUAGGUCAGGGGAGACAGGCUAGCUUUUUCUCAGUAGCUGCGAUGUCCUGUGGAAAGGAAGUAGAUCAACUCCAAUGGGUAGAGGUUGUGAAGAGGCAGGUUUCAAACGUACUUGAGGAAAAGCUUAGUCUCACAGAGUUGUCAGCAAGCACUUUCGAAGGUUGUGAGCCCUUGUUCCUGGAUGUAUCUGACCCAUGUAGGACUGCUGAUGGUUGUUGGGCAGGUGUCUGAAGCCAUUAACAUGAUAGGCAGUAAUUGUGUGGGUGGGCAUCUUCCCAGAGAUGGACAUUUUUCAUCAGUGUUCCAAACGGGGCCGUGACCUCAGAGUUACAGGGCUGCCACGUAUGGUUAUGUAAGUUGUGCACUGUGCAGCCCCAGAGGGCAUCACUUACACUGUGAGUGUGCAGAAUUGUGCAGUGCCCCCAGGAAUUGAAGAGAAGUUUCCUCUGUGGGUUGAAUGCUGGCUAAAUGCUUUGAGGAUUUUCAAUGUGAAAAGGUCCGGCUUCGUUGAAGAACUCCCCCUACCCUAAUGCUGAUUAAUAGUAGGGUAG